AUGUCUCCAGCACCAGCUCCUAUUGCCAUCAUCGGCGUCGGCUGCAGGCUCCCUGGAGGGGCCAGCAACCUGGACAAGCUAUGGGAACUCCUCUCGGAGGGCCGCAGCGGCCGAACAAAAGUUCCGGAGAACCGUUGGGCUGCGGAGGAGUGGUUUGACGCAUACCCUGACGCGAAACAGUCCAUGGUCACGAAGCACGGGUUCUUUCUGAAAGAAGAUAUCUCGCAAUUUGAUGCCAAAUUUUUUGGGAUUUCCAACACGGAGGCACAUGCCAUGGAUCCUCAGCAGCGCCUGUUCCUGAUGACGACAUACGAAGCAUUGGAGGAUGCCGCCAUUCCCGUAGAGACAUUACGAGGCUCGAAUACAGGUGUCUUUGCUAGCAUAUUCGAGAGAAGUUACGACCGGAUGGGACACAAGGACCUGUCCACAAUUAGUAAUACGCAUAUGAACGGGACAGGGGAAGCGAUCCUCUCGAACAGGAUCUCGUACUGUUUUGACCUGAGAGGACCAUGCAUGACUAUUGACACUGGCUGCUCCGGAAGUCUGGUGGCCCUUCACCAAGCAUGCCACAGUCUCAGGCUGGGCGAGUCAGACCUCGCCUUAGUUGGUGGCUCACAACUUGUUAUCCACCCUGAUGCCCUCACUAUCAUGAGCGGCAUGGGCAUGCUCAACCCCGAUGGCAAGUCUUAUGCCUUCGACUCGCGAGGCGAAGGGUAUGGACGAGGUGAGGGCGUGGCCACAAUUGUUCUCAAACGUUUGGACCGCGCACUCGAGGACGGGGACCGAGUACAUGCCGUCAUAGCCAACUCUGGUACGAACCAAGACGGCAAGACUACCGGCCUCAACACUCCCAAUGGCGAUGCUCAAGCUGCGUUGUCUUCGCGUAUAUACCGGGAGGCUGGAUUAAAUCCUGCGGAUACGUCAUUCGUCGAGGCUCACGGCACCGGAACUCAAGUAGGCGACCGAGAAGAAAUUGCGUCUAUUUACAAGGUCUUCUGCGAGGGUGUUGCCAGGUCUGAUGACCUUUACGUUGGCUCCAUCAAACCGAACGUCGGGCACCUCGAGGCAACCUCUGGCAUUGCUGGCCUGCUCAAAAGCAUUCUUGUGCUGAAACAUGGCCUCAUCCCGCAAAAUUUGGAUUUCAUCAAGCCGAAGCCAUCACUGAAGCUCUUUGAGAGAAAUAUCAAGAUUCCGACAGAACUUACAAAACUGCCGACGCCCCAUGAUGGUGGGCCGGUGCGAGUGUCUCUCAACUCGUUCGGUUACGGAGGGUCCAAUUGCCAUAUUAUUCUUGAGGCUGCCGACUCUGGGAAAAAACCAAAUGGAACCAAUGGUAUCAAAUCCAACGUGACCAGAAUCAAUGGUUCAACGGCAAAUGGAACCGACACGAAUCAGGCCUCCUUUUUGAAUGACUCAACGUCACCCUGUCCGGAACUUAUCGUUCUCAGUGCAUCGACUGAGAAAGCGUAUUCAUCGCGCGCCAAAGACAUUCUCCUGUGGAUCAAGACUCACCAGAUGGCGUCGCGCACUCUGCACAGCCUAUCAUAUACACUCGGAGCCCACAGGUCGGCUCUUCCGUUCAGGAGAGCCAUUGUUGCGUCGACGAUAGAGGAGCUCGUGGCCGAGCUCAAAGUACCGGGGCUUCAGAAGAGAAUCGUGUCGAUGGCGCCUGUCACGUUUGUCUUCUCCGGGCAAGGCGCCCAGUGGCAUGCAAUGGGGUUAGAGCUCAUGAGCUUCUCGCGGAUUUUCAAAUCAUCGAUAUCAGCCAUGGAAGAUGUGCUGCGCCGCCAAGGUUGCCCGUGGAAUCUCGUUGAGGAGCUGUCAAAGUCUCCCGAGCGUUCCCGAAUUGGCGAGGCCGAAAUAGCGCAGCCUGCGACCACCGCCAUUCAGAUAGCGGUCGUUGAUCUGCUCAAAAGUUUCUCGAUACGACCAAACCGGGUCGUGGGUCACAGCUCCGGUGAAAUUGCCGCCGCGUACGCGGCCGGUGCCCUUAGUCUUGAGAGUGCCAUUAUCAUAGCAUACCAGCGGGGCGUGUCUUCUGCCAAAGCCAAGAAGAUGGCUGAUGUCCCCGGCUCCAUGAUGGCGGUUAGCCUCAACGAGAGCGAAGCGAUGCGGUACCUCCAGAAAGCUACCCGUGGGGCGGCCGUUCUGGCUUGCGUGAACAGCCCGUUGAGCCAGACCCUGUCGGGAGACGAAACCGCGAUCGACGAGAUCAAGGAAGCACUUGACAGGGACGGCGUAUUCGCCCGGAAGCUGAAGGUUGACACGGCAUAUCACUCACAUCACAUGCAGCGCAUAGCCCAAGACUACCAAGAGGCUGUCGGCAGGAUCGAGUCCUCCGGAGUAAGGGACGAUGUGACCUUCUACUCCAGCGUCACCGGCGCCAUCAAAUCAACUGGCUUCGGUCCCGACUACUGGGCGGCCAACCUAGUUUCGCAAGUCAAGUUCAGCCAUGCACUGACCCUGCUGCGGAAUGACCAGAUCAAACACGAUGCAAACAUGGACCUGGGCGUAUUUGUUGAAAUAGGGCCACAUUCGGCCCUUGCGGGACCCGCUCGCCAGACUCUCACAAAGGAGGGAGAUAAGAACUACAAAUUUGAGUACCUUUCUGCACUCGUGCGCAACACCGAUGCUACACAGUCCAUUCUGAAGCUCGUUGGUAGAGUGUUCGAGCUCGGUCUCGAGGUCGAUAUGACUGCAGUGCUCACAAUGAUCGACAAGACAAAGCCAGAGAUCAUCAGAGACCUGAAACUAUAUCCCUGGGAUCUCGUACCGUUCUGGCGCGAGUCUAGACUCAGCAAAGCCCAGCGUUUCCGCCAGUUCCCACAUCAUGACCUCCUCGGCCUGUUCGAUCCGGCCAGCACAAUUCAUGAGCCUCGCUGGAGGUACUUUAUCAACCUGGAUAGUCUUCCCUGGCUCAGAGGCCAUAUUGUUGAGGGCUUCACACUCUACCCUGGGGCAGGAUACCUGACAAUGGCCAUCGAGGCAUCGAAGCAGCUUGUGCAGAUGAGAGGCCUCCAAAAGCCGAUCGCCAAGUUCGUCCUCCGCAACGUAUCGAUAUCCAACCCCGUCAUCCUCAGUGAGCCAGAUGAAAGCAGCUCCGGCGAGGUGGAAGUACAGCUGAGCAUGUCGGCCGCGAAUCAGUACGAGGGCAGCCGCUGGGAGUCGUUCCGGAUCAGGUCCUACAAUGCGGACGGGUCGUGGAGUGAACACUGCUCCGGCGAGAUCACUGUCGAACACGAGGCGGGCGAACCUGACGAGGUUGAGGGGACCAGAGAAGAGGAACUGCGCCACCAAGAAGCCAUGCAAUUCCUAGCAACCUCUCAGGAAAGCUGCGACGCGCACAUGACAAAGUCGGAAUUCUACGACUUUGCAAGACUCACAGGAAACGAGUUUAGCGGAGCAUUUACCCCAAUCGUCUCGGCCAGGUAUGGCAAAAGCCGGGGCGUAUUCGAAAUAUGCACGCCAGAUAUUGCUCCUUUGAUGCCUUACCGGUCCUUCAGGCCUCAUCUCAUCCAUCCGACUACCCUAGACGCUACCCAGCAGAUCAACGCAAUCCUGUUCAAGAAAUUCGUCACCAACGCUGCAUGUGUCCCGACCAAGAUCCCGUUGUUGGAGAUAAGUGCUAGUUUAUCCACCACGGCAGGAAACAUCCUGACUGGCGCCAUGCAGGUCGAAGCUGAUGAUCCCAAAUCUUCCAGGGGAGAGGGAUGGGUGUUCCAGAAGGAUGCGGAUGGCCAUCUUAACCCGGUCAUUCGACUUCUUGUCAGCUUGAGAGCCAUUGGUGAGACUCGCGAGGAGGAGAACCGUCCUUUCGUUCAGGAUGCGGUGAAUCGACUCGACUGGAACCUUGACGCCGACUUCAUGACAGGACGCUCAUUCCUCCAGGUGCUAUCGUCUACCCUGGGCUUAGAGGGAAACACGACACACGGAUUUGAAGGAACCAAAGUGUCUAUUCAGGAGUCUGAUAAGGAAUACCUUGUUACAGACCAGGCCUCGUCCAUAUGGUUCCGAGAUGCUGUGCGCUAUGUCGAGGAGAGCAAUGCUGGCAUAGUGACACCUCAGCAGGUCAAAUUUCUUGGCUGGAUGAAGAGAUGGUUGUCCUCAGACUAUUGCCAUCAGAUCACCUCAGGCUUAACUCAGGAAGAAGAGAAGAGCAUUCUGCAAAAUAUUGAGUCGUCUGAUGCCUCAGCCCAACUGCAACUCCUUGCCCGUGUCGGGAGAGCCCUACCUCGCAUCCUGACUGGCGAAACCCAGCCCUUGGACGUCAUGUUGGAAGGCAAUCUGCUUUCCAGGUACUAUGAGAGUGGUAUUCUCGUCGGCCCCUAUGAAGCCGUAGUGACGUACCUGAAAACUCUUACUUUCAAGAACCCGCGCCUUCACGUCCUCGAGGCCGGUGCGGGGACGGGAGGCUGCACCAAGUGGCUCUUCCGCGGGCUUUCCGGCCAUAACGGCGCCGUCGGCCUCCCCGUCGAAAAGUACACCUUUACGGACGUCUCCAGCGGAUUCUUCGAGGAUGCGCGCCAGACAUUUGCCGAAUGGGAGGAGGUCAUGGAGUUCCGGACGCUGGAUGUUGAUGCGGAUCCCAUCGAGCAGGGAUUCGAGCCUGAGUCCUACGACGUGGUAGUGGCGGCCAACGUGCUACACGCGACGAAGAAAAUCGACACGACGAUCAGCCGCAUACGCAAGCUGCUUAAACCGGGGGGCAGCCUGGUCCUUGUCGAGAUCGAGCCGAGAGGCGCAGCCUUUGGUCUCGUGGCCGGCUCGCUCACCGGGUGGUGGGCCCCCGAGGACGAUUUCCGGGUUGAUAGUCCGCUGCUGUUCCGCAACCAAUGGCAGGAUGUGCUGGCCAGAAAUGGAUUCGGGGGGAUUCACCUUUCUUGGGAAUGUAUGAUGGUAGCGAAAGCUGAGCCCUCGCCAAGCAACGGGGCACUAGCCAGGCACAGCAUCGUCCUGAUCAGAAACAGCGUUGACGAUUAUGUGGUAAAGACCGCCACGGAAUUCGCGUCUCGCGACAUCGAUGUCAUAGAGUGCCUGUGGGACCAAGUGAAAGUCCAGGAAGGUAGCCUCUAUGUUAUCUUCGACCACGCGGAGAAACGGCUCCUCCUUGAUCCACAGCCUCAACUAUUCGAGACGGUCAACGCCCUUCUCAGUGCAAAAUGCAGAGUCCUUUGGGUACUUCUUCAAGACACAGCUGACCCCGCCGCCUCAGCCUACAAGGGCAUGGUAAACGCAUUCAUCCGCGUUGUCCGGCGGGAGAGCAGCAACACCGAACUCGUCAGCCUUGACAUCCGCCAGCCCACCCUGGAUCCAGAGAUGACGGCCCGGGUUAUCGCCGAUGUGACACGCAGGCGCUUCUGGCCGACCGCGGAGGUCGCGCCUUCUUUAGAGCCAGAGUUUGCCUACGAAGACGACCGCAUUCUGAUCCCUCGUGUCAGGCCAGAUACCGAAUUUCUGCAUUGGGCCCGGCGUAGUACAGGGCUAGGAGCCUCCGACGAGACUGAGGCUGUCCCCUACCAGGGCGAUAGAGUUCUCAAGGCCGAGUUUGCGACACCGGGAUUGCUGAGUUCGCUGCGCUUCGUCAACGAUGACUUGUCGACUUCUCUCGCCUCAUAUCAGAUCGCGGUCAAGGCCGAGGCCCAUGGUGUCAAUUACAAGGACGUCAGCAUUGCUCUUGGCCAGAGGGGCCCCGGCGUCCAUAUGGCUGGCGAGUUUUCCGGCGUUGUGACUGCUGUAGGCAAAGAUAUGCGGAAUGUGUACCAGGUAGGCGAUCGCGUCAUGGGCUUCGGUUCACGGCCGUUCAGCAACUUGUCGCGCGUCCAUGGACAUCUGGCCCAUGAGACACCCGCUUGGAUGUCCGCGACAGUAGCGGCAUCCAUUCCGCACGCGUACGUGACAGCAUAUCACUGCAUCAAGGGAACAGGCCGGCUCGAGAGAGGCCAGUCGGUGCUGAUCCAGGCUGCAUCCGGAGGCGUGGGCCAGGCGGCCAUUCAGAUCGCCCAGCAUAUCGGCGCAACCAUAUUCUGCACCGUCAGCACGGCUGCGAAGCGAAAGCUGAUUAUAGAUGAGUACGGCAUCCCGGAAAAUCAUAUCUUCUCCAGCCAGACGGGGUCGCUUAAACAGGGCAUUAUACGACUCACGAAUGGUGAGGGAGUGGAUCUAGUGCUCAACUCGUCGGCAGGAGAGGCGCUCAGGGACAGUCUUGAUUGCGUCAAGCCCCUAGGGACAUUCAUUGAGUUGGGGAAGAGCGAGAUGCAACAGGGAUCCCAGUUGAGCAUGGCUGCAUUCAACAAGUCGAUAACCUUCCACGCCUUCGAUCUAGAAACACUGUCGGCUCGAGACCCUAAGCGUGUCCAUCGUAUUUUGGGUGACAUCAUCGACCUUCUCAAUUCCAAGGCAUUGCGUCCCCUAAGCCCGAUCACCACCUACCCCAUUGAGCAGAUCGAGGAUGCAUUCCGCUUCAUAGGCUCAAGGAAACACACCGGUAAAGUUGUCCUCAAGGUCGAGCCUACGUCCACUGUCAAGUGCCUGCCUGCCAAGCCCAUGUCGCUGCGCGUACGCAAAGACGGCACCUAUAUCGCAGCCGGCGGCCUCGGUGAUCUCACCUCGCGGAUCUGUCUGUUUUUGGCCUCUCGAGGCGCCGGGCAUGUGGUGGCACUUUCGAGGCGCGCCAUUGACGAGGAGACGAAACAGAAGUACAUGACUGCGGUCAAGGAGCAUGGGGGUGAACUUCAUAUCCUCCAGUGCGAUAUCACAGAUGAAGAGAGCAUGAAACGCGCUGCGUCAUACUGCUCUAGGCUGCCCCCGGUAAGGGGAGUGGUAAACGGUGCGUUGGUGCUUAGGGACCGAACAUUCGCCCAGAUGACCGUCGAGCAGUGGAACUUACCACUCCAGCCUAAAGUCUUCGGGACCCUGAAUCUCGACAAAUUCUUUGCCUCGCCUGAUUUGGCCUUCUUCCUAACCCUCUCCUCCGUCGUGGCGGUUGUUGGCAAGGCUGGUCAGUCUAAUUACGCCGCCGGAAAUGGCUUCCAAGAUGCUUUCGCUCUUGCACACGCCGGCCACCCUCACACGCACUACAUCUCGGUCAACGUCGGUGCCGUAUCUGUCGAUGCGCACGGCGCCCUCAAAGAGGCACAACAAGGCGACAUGUCCAUCGGUGGUAUGAGGGCAUCUCUCCGCCAGAACAGCGUUAUGGACAUCUCGUUUGACGAAUUCUUUGCCAAUAUCGAGUAUGCCAUGACCAGUCUCGCCCGGGACCACCACUUGCACCAAACAAUCCAAGGUGUCACAUACCAGUCAAUGCUGGAUGCCAAUGACGAGCACCUUCUCGAGAAUCCCGUCUUCAGUCAGCUGGCUCAUUCCCAGAAGAAGCAAGCCGCGGGUGCCACGCAGACCGACAAGAUUGACUUGAAAAAGUCUCUGAGUGGCGUGAAAACGAUGGAGGAGGCUGAGCAGCUCAUUCGGGACGCCACGCUGACCAAAUUCGCCGUCUUCCUUGACCGGCCGAUCGACGACAUCAGGGUCGAUCAGUCGCUUGCUACCAUCGGUCUCGACUCCCUUGUCAGCAUCGAGUUGAAGAACUGGAUGGUACGCACGUUCCAAGUCAACCUCCAAACGUCGGAGCUGGGAGGAGCUGGCAGCAUUAUGGCGCUGGCGGCGACGGUCGCCUCGCGGUCGAAGUUGAUCCCCGACGGGAUCCGGCAAUUAAAGCCGCAGGAGACCACUGGUCAGGAAGAGGACGAGAAAGUCCCAAAGAAUGGUGAGUUGGAGCACAAUCAUGGCUUCUACUGUUGCAGGGCGAGCAAGGAGCUUCCUAGGCACCCGCUUGUCGACCUUGACGAGGCAGUCAACGACCUCCUCAACGCCAUCGGUCAUUUUUCGCACACGCGGGAGGAAUAUGCGGAACUUACCCGCAAGGCUCACGCCCUCACUGCACCGGGCAGUCUCGGCCGUAGACUGUACAGCCAGCUUCGUGCCAAGGCCGACGAUCCAAGUGUGGAGAGCUGGAUUGCUGGUCCCCUUCUCAAGGCAAUGUACCUCAAGCGUAGAUAUCCUAUAGUACCAUUCAGCAGCUUCCUCGGAACCCACUUUGACAGCAGGGUGCCGCAUUCACAGGCCCAGCGAGCGGCCGCACUUACUAGGGCCCUGUCCGAGUUUAAGCACGACCUGGAUUUCAAGAAACUGAAUCCCGACUUUCUGGGAGAGAGGCCAAAUUGUGGCAACUCUCUGACGUGGCUUUUCAACGCCUUGAGAGAGGCAAAUGUGGGCUGUGACAAGAUGAUGAGGUAUCCUGGGAUUGAUCACGUCGCCGUUUUGCGAAGAGGGCACUUGUUCCGCGUGCCACUCCUGGAAAGAGACGACAUCGUUUCAUAUUCCAAAUUGAAAGCAACAUUCCAAGCAAUCCUGGAUCUUAACCUCGAGGAAAGGCACUGGACAGGCAUCCUGACGACAGACAACCGUGACAGUUGGGGCACUAACCGACAGAAGCUCAUCUCAAUGGACGAGAGGAACGCGGUGUAUAUCAAAACGUUGGAAGAAUCCGUCUUUGUCAUGUGUCUUGAUGACAACAGCCCGAUCACGCGCGAGGAACGGGUCCGGUCCGGAUACCUUGGUGACUCGUUCAACCGCUGGCACGACAAGACACUGCAGCUUAUCGUCACCGCUAACGGUAGCUCUGGUACCAUCUUCGAGCAUUCUAUGAUCGACUUCAUGACUACGUCGCAGAUCUCGCAGAGGCUACAGGACGCCAUCAAUACUCUGGAUCCAGAGAACGACGACCCCGGUCAGAACGGCGAAGUCAUCGCUGAUGCCGCCAGCCUGGAGGAGAUUCCUUUAGUGGCGACGACGGCGGAGAUCGAGGCCCGCAUGACGACGCUGCGCGACAAGUAUGCGGCGACCACUGGGAUAAAGAUUUACACGCCGCAUUUCAUCCAGUCGCUCGGGAAAGCCGUCCUCCUCGCCAACUCGGCCCCCAUCAAAGCGACCGUGGACCUGACAAUCCAGCUCGCCAGCCGGCUGUACUUUGGCUACCUGCCUGCGAGUUGGGAGACGGUUUCGACGGCGCAUUUCCACCUGGGCCGGCCGGAGAUUGUGCAGGUGGUGCUAAAGUCGGUCGUUGACUUCUGCGACGCGGCGCUCGACAGUAGCGUGCGGCCAGCCGAGGCUCGCGCCAAAUUACUGCAGGCGGCGCGCGAGAUGAACGCGCAAAUUGUCAAGGGCGGCGAGGGCCGCAACUACUUCCGGCUGAUGGAUGUGCUUGAGGUCAUGAGCCACGACGCGUACGACGAGGGCGCCGCCGAUGCCGUUCCCGAGCUGUUCUCCGACCCCGUGUGGAAGAGGAGCUACCCGCGACUGAUCAUGCAGACAAUGAUCGAGAAGAAACUGGCCCAAGAUCCCGGCUACACGAUGGAGGAUCCAGAGAACGUGUGGAUAAAUUACACUGUAAAUGAAGAUUGCAUUGAGGUGAAUUUUGUAAGUCCUCGAACGGGUGCCGAGCGCUUCAUCGCUGCGCUAGACCGUGCAGCAGAUAUUAUCAAGACGAUUGUCCAGGCUGUUCGGGCAUAA